GCCUGCACCUCUCACUCGAGACACGUUCGAUUUCCCGCCACUUUUCGCCGGCGCGCGAGUUUCCACAACGCGGGUGAGAACAGACCGCCGAAGAUGAGUUCAAGCGAAUUUAGGAUAGAGCGCAACGUUGAGUUGUCGCCUGAAACUAAGAAAAUCGCUGAAGAGGAGUUAAGAGAGACACCCGAGAGAGUAAGAGAAGCCAUAGAGCGCCUUCGAGAACUUCUUAAGGAGAAUGAUGACUUGUACUAUAGCGAUGACGACGAGAUGUUGACUAUUUUCCUGCGGCCUUGCAAAUGGUAUCCCGAAAGUGCAUUAGCAUUGGAGAUAUUUGGGUAUCGUAGUUCGCACUAUAUGUAA